AUGCCUGCAUUGCCCACUGACACAAUUGAAGCUUUGGACAAAGUGAUCAAUGAUCAGCACUUGCCAGUGCUGGUGAAGGUCAGCAAACUGUUCAAAUCCAUUGCUGACCAUGGCUUGGGCUACUACCAGAAAAUAAUGCCCAAAGAUACAUUGACUCACCCUGCAAACCGUGGUGGGUCAUUGUUGAACAGCAGUGACGUUUGGUCAAAGGGGCUGAGGAUGUUGCAGAUUGGUGUUCAACCUGCAAUGUUGCAAUCUGGCGCAGUGUGCUUUGAACUCAGCAAUGACAAAGAUAAAAGAGAAAGGCAAAUUGCAGCCAAUGUGGCUCUUGUGGAAGGCAGGAACAAGUCAUUGGCGCCUGUGAAUGGACAAGAAAGAUUUUUAACUGUUGCCACAUCCCACACUGCUGCUUUCUGCAAAUCAGUGGAGCAAGGAUGCAAGCCAGAGCCGAAUGCCCCUGCUAUUGACACAAAAGGCGACAGUGGAUUGCUUGAAUUGUGUUCCCGGGGCUGGCCCUAUUUUGUCCUGAAAGCUGAACAGGUGAAUGAAAUUGAAGCAGCCAGUCUCAUGGCCACCUUUAUUGGCCACAACUUGUCUGUGAAUGAUGCACUGCAGCGUGUGCAGCAAGCCGAUCCAAUUUGCAAAGGCAGCUUGGAGACAAUUGCCUACUAUGUGGGCUACAAUGAUGUGAUGUCCACUGACAAAGAGCAAGAUGGCUAUUCGAAGAUUUUGAUCAGGCAAUUGCUCCAUGACAGUUGGAAGCUCUACAUUGCUUCUACCUCCAAGGAGAAUGUCAAAGUGUCUUGCUAUGGUAGGCUUUGUGUGCGAAGCAUAUUGCAUUUCACAGGGAAAGAGAAAAUGGGCAAAAAGCCUAAAGGUUUUGAGAACUUGGAUGCCAUUGCCAAGCUUUUCAUUGAAGAGAUGGACAAAGGCAAGGACAACACUUUGGCUGCUUUCUCUACUGCAGCUUCGAAUGAUGAUGGCUUGAAGGUGGAGAAUUUAGUGGGAGCAUCCCCAGCACAAGUGGCGCUUUUGCAAAAUGAGCACAUGAAGAUUGGCCAAUUGUAUUCGAACCAGAAGCAGCAUGGCAACAAAGUUUUCAAGCUGAUUUCUGUGACUGAAGCAGGUUGGGCAAUGGAGCAUCAACCCUUUUUCGAUCCAAUUGAGAAGGUCACAGUGGAACUUCCUGACUUGAAAGGUUGGAAGGUGCACAAAGGCACUGAGCCUCAAAUGCGCACUGAUGAGCAAUGCUCGCAAUGGAUAGCUCAUCAUUCUCCCAUGUUGCAGGAGGAAAUGCUCAAGGCUGCUGUGCAACAUAAGCUUCUACAACUGUGCUCAGGCAAUGGUGUGGAAAAUGGUGCCUUGACUUUCACAAUUGGCCCAAGUGGAGUCUGGAGCAAAAAGAGUUUCAAAAAGGGACAAUUGAAAUUGUUCCCUGCAGGCACAAUUUCAAAAAUGAAGGAUGCUUCCAAGCAUAAGGCGAAGGCUGUGGUAUCGUCCUCUGGUUUUCAAUUUGCAGUGAACCCUUUCAAGUCCAACACUGAAUUUGAAGAUGGGAAAGGCGUCUUGGACGCAUUUUAUUGGAUUAAGGCGACUGAAGACCUUGAUGCAGUGAACAUGGUGCUGAAAGAGCAUACUGAAGACAAUGUGACUGCACCUUUCCUGACCAGCACGAAAGCGUGGUGA